UCAAAAAAGCCUAAUACAAUUUUUGUAUAAAAAUCAUCUGGGGAAUAAUAUUUGACAUUUUUUAAAUCUACAUGAGAUUUCCCAUGUCCCGCGUUCCGAUGCACCACACGGUAUAUUAGCGCAUAAUAAUGCCUAAGUACAUCUAGCUUUUCGGGUUACAUUAAAAUGUAAGCUAAUUAAUUAACAUUCUUGAUUUUAUUGAUUCGUUAUUUUUAAUUUGUAUCUGUCCUAUAAUCCAGCUAUCCUACAGCUGGUGAAAUAUGGGAUAUUUGGCGAUUUGACCGUCUGCAUAAACGAUAGAGAAUGAAUACAGCGGAAUUCGCCGCUUUCCUAUAUAAGCUGAUGGGAUUUAUGCUCCGAAAUUAUAGGACACAACAUCCAGGUUACAUAGAUCGGGCUCAUGGUUUCGGCCUUGUGUAGCAAGUGGACGUAAUACGCAAGGGCACCGGAAUACUGGUUUCCUAUUGGUCGAAUGGCUUCGCUUAUUUAUUGAUUUUGAUCAAGAAACACACAACUCUUUUGCAAGUUGGCGCAUUUACUGGUAUUAUUUUUGGCUCCUGUACUGUGUUUGUACGUUGAUGCUUUGUGGAUAUUUGUUAUUUUUAGUUGAUUAACAAUUUUGUAUUUUAAUUUAAGCAUUUUUGGUAUAAAUCUAUAGCUUUAACGAAAAGAAAAAUGGGUUAUUGUUUUCUGUGCGAUAGAACAAUGAAUUAUUCUAAAGAAACUCCUAUGUACAAGUUUCCAAAAAAUCCCAGUUUAAAGGCUGCUUGGUUAAAAUUCUGCAAUUUAAACGAAACUGAUGAUGUAUCUACAGUAAAAUUAUGUUCUGCACAUUUUACUGCCGCUGAUUCCAUUGAACCUAGGACAAGGGAGCUUGGUAGCACUGCGUUUUUAAAGCCUGGUACUGUGCCAUCAAUUUUAAAACCACCUUUAGGCUCCUCUGGUACUAUUCAUACUGAUAAUUUGAGUAAUAGGAAACCAGCUACAGUCCAAUACAGAUAUGCUGAGCCUACUUGUAGUACAUCAAUUUUUUUACCCAGUCAUUCUACAAAAUCCCAAAUACAGAAGCGUUCAAGAGUUGAACCAGAGAUUGCACACACUUCCUUAGGCCAAUCAAUACCAAAAAACCAACUUGCGAAAAAAGAGGAACUUGAUGAAAGGAAAUUUGAUAUGAUCAGAAGAAAAAUGUUGGAACAAGCAAAGAAAAUAAAACAUUUUCAGCGGCAAGAUAGAUUAUUAACAGAAAAUAUUGAUAUUUUGCAACGCCUUCGAGAAAUUCUAGAAAAACAGAAAAAAUUACUUCGUCCUGGGCAUUCAUUUCUGUCUUCGGCGUAUGACCUCGAUUCGAACGUUUCGAACCGAUGCCUCUAAAUAGAUGAAAUUAUGAGGAUUUUUCUUAAUUAUGGGUCGAUUGGAACCAAACUCGGCACGUGGUUAGAGGUUGCCGUCCUCAAACAGACAAUUUUGUGAAAGUGAAUUAAAUUAUUUAUUAAUUAGAUAUUAUAGACUAUACCUAAUUACUAUACAAUACAGACGGGCAGACGGUCGUUUUAAUUAGCGAUGGGAUAACUCGAGCGAAAAUUCGCUGGUGUACUCGAUUAUUGACAUAACCGACAU